GCCCUCACGCCUCGCGCCUCCGUCCACAUCCGCCUACGUCAGCGUCUCUCCCACAGCAACACGGAACAUGGCGGCCAUCUCGGAUCGUCUCGCUCCUUUCCCCGCAGCUGAGGAGCCCGGAGCCGGAGCGCCCGACACGGCAGACGGAGACAGCGACGAGGGGGAGGACAUCUUCGUCUGUAAGAGUAACCCUGUGGCUGCUGUGAGUCGAGGAGUUUCUCAGCCGGAGCCUCCAGAUCUCUUCAGUGAGGAGGAUGAUGAGGAGGAAGAGGAGGAGGCCGGUGCCAACACACCUGCCAAAUCCAACGGGGUUCACUCUGAUGAUGACAACGACCUGUUUGCUGAGGCGCACGUGGAGCUGAGCACAGACAAGCCCGGCAACUCUGAUCGGAAGGAGCUCUCCACCUCCUCCUCUGGCCUCCGUCCUGCCUCCUCGUUCACUCAGAGCCAUGCAGCCAUGCAGCCCACCUCCUUAGAGCAGCUGGAGGACGAAGAAGCCAAGGAUAGUUUUGAUGUGGAUGUCGCCGUCACCAACCCUGAGAAAGUCGGAGACGGCAUGAAUGCAUAUGUGGCCUACAAAGUGUCCACCAGGACGUCCUUGCCCAUGUUCAGGAGUAAAGCCUUCACUGUGAGGAGGCGUUAUAGUGACUUCCUGGGUCUUUAUGAGAAGCUGUCCGUCAAGCAGUCGCUCCAAGGCUGCAUCAUCCCACCACCGCCUGAGAAAAGCGUCGUAGGAAUGACAAAAGUGAAAGUGGGAAUGGACGACCCGUCUUCGGUAGAGUUUGUAGAGAGAAGAAGAGCGGCUCUGGAGAGGUAUCUUCAGAGGGUAGUGUGUCACCCGUCGUUACUACAAGAUCCCGAUGUCCGUGAGUUCUUGGAGAGAGAAGAAUUACCCAGAGCAGUGAGCACCCAGACACUGAGCGGAGCUGGCUUCCUCAAAAUGAUCAAUAGGGCAUCAGAUGCUGUCAACAAGAUGACCAUCAAGAUGAAUGAGUCUGACACUUGGUUUGAGGACAAGUUCCAGGAGGUGGAGAACGAGGAGCAGCAGCUGAGGAAGCUACACGCUUUGGUCGACUCCCUGGUCAAUCACAGGAAGGAGCUGUGUGGGAACACGGCAGUAUUUGCCAAAAGUAUGGCCAUGUUGGGAAACUCUGAGGACAACACGGCCCUGUCCCGGGCUUUAUCCCAGCUGGCAGAGGUGGAGGACAAGAUGGAGCAGCUGCAUCAGGAGCAGGCAGCCAGUGACUUCUUCAUCUUUGAGGAGCUGCUGGCUGACUAUAUCCGCCUACUAGGUGCUAUGCGGGGGUGUUUUGACCAGCGUAUCCGGGCGUGGCAGCGAUGGCAGGAGGCUCAGGGCACGCUCCAGAAGAAGAGGGAGGCCGAGGCCAAGCUGCUGUGGGCCAACAAGCCCGACAAACUGCAGCAGGCCAAAGACGAGAUCACUGAGUGGGAGUCGAGGGUUACUCAGUACGAGAGAGAAUUCGACAGGGUCGGAAUGACUGUACGUAAGGAGGUUCUCAGGUUUGAGAAAGAAAAAGCCAAGGACUUCAAGAGCCAGAUAAUCAAAUAUUUGGAAGCAAUGCUGCAGUCUCAACAACGGCUUAUAAAGUUUUGGGAGGCGUUCCUGCCUGAGGCAAAGGCGAUAGCUUAAUGAAGAGGGAGACUUUUUAAAGACCCCAACUGCCUUUUUUUGAACACUUUACCUCUUGACCAGGAACUGAGAGGACAAUUUUAAAACACACAAGGAACUUCCAUCCAUUUUUUUUUGUCUUUUUAAUCAUAGUGUUAUUCUCUUAUCUUGUACAGUUAUUUGAUAUAAUAAGCUGCCGCAUUUACACAACAGCAUUUCUUUGGCAUAAUUUUUUGUUUGUUUUUGACUUACAAAGAUGGUUUGAAGCAGGAAUCCAACAGAGAUUAACCUGGCCGUAGUUUAUGUAAAACUCACUGUUUUGUCAGCGGGGUUAUAUUUUUAUGUUUCUUGCUUAAACUAGUAUAUUGAAGUGUUAACACCAAGGUACUGCCCUAUAGUAACAUUGUCUAUAGUUUACAUUAGAGGAUAGACGUAUGUAAAUCAUUCCAGUCUCUAACAAGUUAUGUCGAUGGAUGCAUGUUGGAUGUUUUGAUGCACUAAAAUGAAUUGUACAGUUGGAAAAACUGUUUGUUUUUUUUUUGUUUCUUUUUUAAAAUAUUAAAUACCACUAUUGAUGACUGAGGUCAUAUACCAGGAGUAUUAGCACAUUGUUACAGUGUAUCACAAUAAAUAUUAGAUCAUAGAAAUCAUAUUAAAAUUCAGAUUUGACAAGGUUACAUGCUUGUCAGCGUUGUUAUAAAACAAUAACAGAUGUGUAAGGUUACAGUGAGUGCAACUCUGAAAAAUGCAAUCACUGCUUUGUUGGUAUUUUCUACAACGAUGUAUUUGCUAGAGUCAUUCUUGUUAUAUUAAUCCAUUUCUUCCAUAACCAUUUGAAGUGUUUAGAUUUCUUGUGUCAGAGAUUGAGGCCCAGAGGAACUCAUUUGAAAGUGCUGCAGAGAUUCGUUACUGCCCAUAUGUACACAUGUACAGUACUUGAAUUGAAUCAUACAACUAAUGUCUGAUAUUAUUAGUAACCAUAUGUUUUUUUUUUCUUUGAUAAAUUGGUUUAAUGAUAACAUGAAGGCACAGACAUUCAAGUGAUACUGUCCUUAUUUUCUUAUUCGGCAUUUGUAAGUGUAGUUAUACCGUCAUGUCAUAUUUACGUCAGAAUGUGCUUUAUUUUUGUAACCACUUUGCAUUAGCACACACAUUUUCCUGGAAAUGCUAAACAGGUAGAUGUACAAAAUAAAUAUAAUUGGUUAAGCUUUGGCA